UUGUUUUCAGUUUACGCAUUCGAUUUACAGAAACGAAGUAGUGUGCUAAAGGUUAAAACACGUUUUAUGAGUUUAUUCGCGAUUUUUCUAUAUAAUAUCUCGAUCGAAGACUGCAGUAAUUGACCUAUAAUAUAUCUUAAUUAAAAACCUAGCGUUGAGAAUCGUAAAUAAUAAGUGAAUUAGUGUUUAAAUCAAUAUCGGUAGUGCUCUCUAAAGAAAUCCUUCGACACUGCAUAAAAUAGAUAAGCACCGACCCAUAGAGAAGUCAUUAGCAAGAAAAAACUGACAACAAAAACGGCGACUACCAAUCUCCUUGGUCGGACAAAAAGGAGAAAAAAAAAAUAAACCCAUCGACAAACCACAGUCCGUAAGACUUUAAACUGCAUGUGAUAUUAUUUAAAAAAAGUAUUUAUUAAAAGUGCAUUUAAAUUUGAAUUUAGAAUUCGAAAUACUCAACGGCUGUUACUAAACGGGCACAGAUUAAAAAUAUAGCCGGGCAUAAAGCAGAGCUGGAACGAAAGAGUUCGUAUGAUAUAGGAUCUGAUAAAAUUAAAAAAAUGAAAGACAACGUGAAACCGUGCCAACACAGUCUAUCACAGGACGUGAUCUACAAAGAAGUUGUUAUAAUUGGCAACGGCCCCAGCGGCAUGGUGACAUCAUUCAUGCUGGCAGGCAACGUGCCAUACCUCAAACAGAUACCUGAUGACCUGCCCAUAGACGAAAUGUUAAAAGCCAGAUUGUCAAAUCUGACCCCCGGACAGAGCCUGUACGAGGCUGACCUGAUGGAGCUGGCUGAAGGUCUGGAGGGAAGGUGUCAGAAUCCCAUACCGCUGCUGAUGGACAAUCUCCUCCGCCCUUGCGCAGACCUCGGCAUCCAAGCCGAUUCUCUGAUCGAAUGGCGCUACGAGGAACACAAGCAGAUCGACCACAUAGUGCUGGGCCGCGGUCCGCCGGGCGGCGCGUGGCACACGUUCCCCCCGGGGGUGCGGACUCUGUCACCGGGCGCGUGGCUCACGCUCCCCCCGCACGCGGACGCGGGGGCCGGCCGGCUGUCCGCCAGGGCCGUCGCCAAUUAUUGCAGGAGAUAUGUUCACGCUUGCAAAUUGCAGCGGUACUUCCGCAGCGGCGUGGUGGUGACGAACGUGUCCCGCGCCCCCCACACGCCGGGCCCGCCUUGCCCCGCGCCUAACUGUCCCACCGGCGCCAAGUACUACGUCACCGCUCGUGAGACCAAUGGUGGUCGUUCGUUCGUGGUGGCGUGCGCUAAGGUGGUGGUGGCGGCCGGUGGCGGCGACAGGCCCAAUGUGUUGCGUCACGUGACCCACGCGACACACGACCUCGCCAGCUUCGAGAGGGCGCUGCACUCGCUGCACGCGGAGUCGGUCCCGGCGCCGUCGGUGCUGGUGGUGGGGUCGGGCGUGAGCGCAGCCGACGCCGUGCUGCUGGCGCGCGCCGCCGGCCUCCGCGUCGCGCACCUGCAUCGCACCCCCGCCGACGCACUCGCGCGCCUCGACCCGCGCGCAUACCCCGACUACUGCACGGUGUACAAAAUGAUGUGCGACGGCCCGGAGGCAGAACAUCCCAACUACACCCCCUACCCUGGACACGUGGUGGUGGAAGUCACCCCCCUGGACUCCCCGGCGCCCUACUCCCUCCAGCCCAAGCUGGUCAAACUCCUCAACUUAAAAACAAACCUCACAAUGGAGCUCACAGUCUCCGUCAUCGGGGUGUUCAUCGGUUCAAAACCAGACCUAUUCUUCCUCCAAAAUAACGACUAUUGUGAUAAAAUAAUCAAAAGGAAACAUGAAGAGAAACAGUGCUUUCUGAAAAACCAUUGGACUUAUAUAAAAUCUAUGUUGGGACAGAGCAUACAGAGCUGCAAGUCUAGGUACUUGAACUAUACCGAAAUUAAUGGCAACGAUAGGAAGUGUUUGGUCGAAGACUGUAAUAAGCGCGAGGAGUGCCAGUGCAAGUUGAUUCCUUACUUUGACAAGUGCCAGUGUGACGUCAAUCCUUCAGAUGGGAUUGGAUUCGGUGUUGACGAGUACAAGCCGGUGGAGUGUCGCUCCAACCCCAUAGCGGUGGACAAAAGUACCCAUGAGGUGGUCAAAAUGUCCGGCGUGUACGCGCUGGGGCCGCUGACGGGGGACAACUUCGUCCGCUUCAUCCCCGGAGGGGCGCUGGCCCUCGUCUCUCACAUUCACAAGCGUUAAAUCACACAUUGACAGUUUUUUUUUUACAAUAAAUUAUUUUUUAUACCCGA